ACGUGCUUUUUGUGCUAGUCACAUGACCGCCAUCAUGGCGACAUUCUACUUUUACCAGUGGAGACUAUAAAAUAUUACAACACAAUGCCAUAUACGAUGUAGCUACCAGAUAAGUCGUUGUUCCAACAGAAACCUAUCUCUAUGAUGUUAAAUUCGGGAUAAUAACGUAAAGAUACUUAAACUUCACUUGCUAACAAAAUUUCAAUAAUAUUUUUUGUUAGCCUUUCUCAUAGUAGAAUCGCGCCCAUCUACCGUUCAGAACACACUUUGUCAGUCUGGGACUUGUCAUGUUUUGAAGAUGUUUUCUUUUUUGUUGUUUAACAAAAACAAAUGUUUGGCAGAAAUAUGUUGAGCUGGUAGCCUGUAUUCUUCUGCGCAAGCCAGAAGUAUUUUGUUUUACUGAGUGCCUUCGUCUUAAAGUAGUCGCAUUGUGGUUCUACUUAAUAUGGAACUUCGCUCCACGGAAAUAUUUACAAAAGAAUUAUGUUAACAGAAAAACUAUAAUACUCGUUUACUACUUUAUUCAUUUAUUCAUCAAUGUAGGUAUUUUUCUUUAGAAACGCGGUCAUCGAACGUUUUUCUCCCUAAUUAGCAAAUUUAAACAAAUUGGCCAUAAAACUUGACAGUUUUAUGUUUGCUUUCUUCGGUUUUAAAACUGAUGAAAAGCGAAACACUUUUUCAGUCGCUGUGAACGCUCCGGUUUGUUUAGAGGUGUUCCAUGUUGCUAUCAAAUAGUUUGUCGACAUUAGAGAAGGGGAAGAGGUGCUGCUGUCUGUGUCGACACUAUAAAUGUCAACAUAACGACACGGUCUCCACUAACCGAACAACCAAAUUAUUACAACAGUAUUUCUGCACUGUCGCCUCUAGCCGAACCAUCAAUUCAUCACAUCAACAACAGCCCUUCAAACUACUAAGAUAGUUGCUACCGGGCGGAUAUAUUUUUCUUACAUAGUUUUCCAUUCAUGAUGAUUUAUCUUAUCGUGUUUUCUACUGUUGCUGGUGCCCUGGGCCUGGUCGUCUUCAUACUGUUCAUGAUGCAAUAUCGGUCUUUACAGGCUUGGAGAAUUGACCAAAAUGUGGACCUCAAGAAGGGUACAACACUUACUGCAGUGGAAGUAAUGGAACUGCUGCAAAAGUCUCGGCCUCUUCCUGUUGAUACACUUCAAGGAUGGACACUGUAUUCUUUUGAUAAUGGUACUAGAAUAUGGUGGCACAACUUUACCAUAUCGGGUGCUAGCAUUACAGUCUUUGCUUCUUUUGGUGGAGUUGCAGUGUCAUCAAUGACUGUAUUCCAGGUUUUAAAAGAUAUCAGCCACACAUGGAGUUGGAAGCCUGGUGUUAUGUCCACAUCGUACAUUUUGCGAGGCAGCAGCAAACAGAAAGCUGAUCCAAGAUCAUCACCUUCUUUGUCUUCAGGAAGUUACUCUUCAAAGUCAGCUAAUUAUGAUGUCAUUGCUGAAGAACAUUUAAAGAGUGUAUCUGAUGGUUCAAAAUCAUAUAGCAUACCUUGCCAAAUGCCAAUCACUAAUACUGAAACUGUGACAUUGCAGAGAUAUUGGGAUUGUGAUAACAGUGGAGGUGGUUGGUUAUUGGAAUCCAAUGAGAAAACAGGUGACUGGAAAGUUUAUAUAUUUCAACCUCUCAAAGAUACUUUCCAGUGCUUGAUAACUAUUUUAGUACAUGAAAAACUCCAAUCUCCAAUUGCUACAGCUGCCAUAACUUCUCGUUUGCUUGGAUCUCUUCAGAAUUUUUUCUUGUACAAAAAAGUAAAUCCACCAACAUUUCCAUACGUUUUAUUUCAUGUGGACAAUCAUAGGAUGUUUAUGCAGAGGUCAGCUUCCUUCAGAAGAUCUGGUCAUAGCAAGGACACUAGAUUUUUUAAUAGAUUCCGGUCACUGUUAGAAAAAAAACCAUCAAUGAAUUCCAAAAUAUUAUCUAAAGAAGAACGCCAAAAGACUGAAGAUAUUCUGCGACCAUUAACCUUUCCCUCAGAAGAUUUAAUGGCAAGUUGCUUAGUAGAAGAUUCUACACACAGUCUAACCUCUUCUUCUGCAUCAUCUGGAUCUGUAAAAUCUUCAAAAGACACUCUGGAUAAUCAGAAUAAAUUAGCAGAUCCUGAUAAGGAUAGCGUGUCAGAAGACGAAGUGGAUUCAAAGACAAAUGGACAUGCUGUAUCUGGUUCACUACCACGCAGUGCUUCAGUUCCAGAAGGUGGCUAUAACAUUCCUACUAAUUCACCUAAGGAUCAUCGAUUUGUAUUUUACCAAACAGUUGCUAAUGAAGCAGCAGCUACUCUCUUAAAAGAGCUAACUCUAUCCAGCAACAUUGAUUUACAAUCUCAAACAGAGAACAACAAUUUGACUGGACGUUGGGUGUUUUGUGGCUUAGAUGAUGAAAUUGUCAUUUUACGAAAAAUCCCCGAAGAAGGUAGUUCUUUACAAAGCUACAUGGGUAAAGGUAUAGUCCAGGUGCCUCCAAAAGUCGUAUGGGACACAGUUCGAAAUCCACGAACAAAGUUUACUUAUGAUGAGAGUCUUAAGAAAGUUGAUGUUUUGGAAUCAUUUCUUGAGAGCCUAAAAAUUGUAUAUUUCUACCAUGAAGUGGUUGCACUAUUCCGUAAAGACUGCUGUGAUGCUUGUGUUGUUUUGAGUGAAAGAUUGGAGAACAACCGCUUCAUUUUAUCAAUGCAGUCAGUAGACUAUGAGAAUACACGGAGAGACAAGGAUGCUACAAAAGCAUUAAUUAAGCCAAGUGGUUGGAUAAUUGAGCCAUUGGUCAAAGAUAAUCGGCUGUGUUCUAUGGUUACAUAUAUAAUGCAGAUGGAUUUUGGUCCUCCAAAGACAGCCACUGAUCGAUAUCCAUUCGAGGACCUUGUAAUCCGACAACCACUCAGCAUUGCAGAUUUACGUCGUUACUUGCGAUCGGCAGUGGUAUGGGCUCGUCAUCACUCAUCUCCAGCACGUAGCUGAACAAAUUCUGCUGGAUAUACAGGUUAUAUAAGGAAGGGUGGGUGGGUGUUACCUCCUUUGAAUUGCUGAUUGAACAGAUUUGCACCUUCAACUGAGAUUUUUUUCCUUCAAACAUCAUCUAGAUAACUCACAUGGGUAAUAUGGACCUACUGCUGAAGGAAAAACAAAAUUUCGUCCUGAAAACAAGACAUUUUGAAUUAUUUUUUUCUGUUCUUUAUAAAUUUGU